UUUCUAUGGGCCCAUGCUGCAGCCGGGGCUCUGGUGGCGCCAGACUGCAUCGGGUACGCCGCCGCUGGGGGCACCGGGGCGGGAUUUCACCAGCGCAGAGCGCUGCACUCGGUCACGUGGAUGGCUGGGUCACAUGGCCGCGGCGGUCACGUGGCGCGUUGCCUCAGUCAGCUGAGGGCUACGUGGCACCGCCCGCUCUGGGCUUGCCCGGGCGCGGGAUUUGGACUCGGCGGAGCUGCAGGCGGCUUGGCUCACGAUGCGCCGCGGGCAGGGCGCGGCGCGGGCCUCGGUCCUCCAGUUCACCAACUGCCGACUCCUGCGAGGCGGGACGCUGCUCAGGGAGGACCUGUGGGUUCGUGAGGGCCGCGUUCUGGAUCCGGAGAAGCUGUUCUUUGACGAGCGGCGCUUGGCCGACAAGCAGAAGGACUGCGGAGGCUGCAUACUGGCGCCAGGCUUCAUCGACGUGCAGAUCAACGGCGGAUUUGGCGUUGACUUCUCUCAGGCCACCGAGGACGUGGGUUCAGGGGUCGCCCUGGUGGCCCGGAAAAUACUGUCACACGGAGUCACGGCCUUCUGUCCCACGCUGGUCACCUCCCCGCCCGAGGUUUAUCAUAAGUGACCUUAUGCUCAAGCACAUACCCAGUCUUAUUAGGAAAAACAGCAACCCUUUGGCCCUGCCAGUUUUCCACCCUAAACCAAAAAAACCAAACCCAUUGUUGUGGAGCCCUGGCGGUGUAGUGGUUAAGACCUCAGCUGUUAUCCAGAAGGUCAACAGUUCAAAUCCACUAGCUGCUUCUUCGAAACACUGUGGGGUCCUUCCUCAGAUCCCUGUGAAGAGAGGUGGCCCCCAUGGGGCAGGAGUCAUCGGGGUGCAUCUGGAGGGUCCAUUCAUCAGCCGGCAGAAGCGGGGCGCUCACCCUGAGGCCUACGUCCGCUCCUUUGAGGCCAACGCCUUUCAUGAUGUGCUAGCCACCUAUGGGUCCCUGGACAACGUCUGCAUCUUGACACUGGCCCCCGAGCUGGGCCGCAGUCACGAGGUGAUCCAGGAGCUGACAGCCCGUGGUAUCCGCGUGUCACUUGGGCACUCAGUGGCAGACCUGCGAACGGCCGAGGACGCGAUGCAGAGCGGGGCCACCUUCAUCACUCACCUCUUCAAUGCCAUGCUGCCUUUCCACCACCGCGACCCGGGCAUUGUGGGGCUCCUGACCAGUGACCAGGUGCCCCCAGGCCGCCACAUUUUCUAUGGGAUGAUUGCAGACGGCAUCCAUACCAACCCAGCAGCCCUGCGCAUCGCCCACCGGGCCCACCCCCAGGGGCUGGUGCUGGUCACUGAUGCUAUCCCUGCCCUGGGCCUAGGCAAUGGUCGUCACACGCUGGGGCAGCAGGUGGUGGAGGUGGACGGGCUAUCAGCCUAUGUGGCAGGCACCAAGACGCUCUGCGGCAGCAUCGCCCCCAUGGAUGUCUGUGUGCGGCACUUCCUGCAGACCACAGGCUGCAGUGUGGAGUCGGCCCUGGAGUCUGCAUCCCUGCACCCCGCCCAGCUGCUGGGGCUGGAGAAGCACAAAGGGACCCUGGACUUUGGUGCUGAUGCAGACAGCCCUGUCCAGCCGCCCACCUUAGUCUGGCUUCCUGCGUGGAGCACGUCCCUGGGCCUCAGUGUCCCCACAAGCUGGCGGUGGGGGUGGGGCUGUGACAUGGCCCCCCGUCCUCACUGCUGCCUCCCUCCAGACUUCGUGGUGCUCGAUGAUGCUCUCCAUGUCCAGGCCACCUACAUCUCGGGUGAGCUGGUGUGGCAGGCAGAGAUGGCCAGGCAGUGACCAAGGACCACAGCGGCGAGGAUGCUGGCCCCAGCUGGGCAGUCAGGCAGGGUCAUCAGGGAUCUGGUCUCUGGAGUGAGUGGCCAUGAUGGAGCAGGCGGGGUUUGAAUAAAUGUACAUCUGCAGGGA